UUUCCUUUCAGAUCGUAGAAGAAGAAGUAGAGGAAGUAAAUAGUGUGUCUUUAGAGGAUAGCGGGCUGAAACCUGCUGACGUGGUGGUGAUGUCAUCAGUGAAGCAGAGGUUCCGUGACAUCAGCCCUGUCCCUCUGCAGGUAGUGGGUGGGGCUGUGAUCUCCAGUCUGUACUGUGGGGAGGUGGAGGGGCUGUCGGGGGAGGCGGGGGGGCUGGUGGAGUCCUUCCUGGUGGAGCUGUAUCGGUGUAAACUCUGUCAGUUCACCUGCGGCCUCAAGCCUGCCAUCAACAGCCACCUGCUGCAGAGGCACCGCCCCCCCGCCCUCGCCUACCUGGGGGAGGCUGAUGAAGGGGAUGGUGUUGAGGGUGGAGAGGAGGCGGGGCUCCACCAGGGGGCAUCGCCCUAUCAGCUGGACCUGAACGGACACUCGAAGCAGAGCAACGAGGACGAGGACUUCCUGCUCUACAACAUGCUGGACAACAUGAGCCCACCCACCUGUGACAUCAGCACGGAGGGAGGGCUGCAGGUUGCACACACCUGUGAGGUCAGCACGCUGUUUGAGGAGGAAGAGGGGGAGGAGAAGGAGGGGGCGGAGUCCAUCUUCCAUCUGCAGGGGGGCUCAGUGGAUCUGUCUUGUCACAUCACCCCCCCCGCCACUAAGGAGGAGAUGGCUCAGUCUGCUCACCUCAUGACUCUCGGACUUUGUCGUAUCUCAGCCGCCAAACAUCCUCCCCCUCCUUCCCCAACCCAACACCUUCCUCCCCCAGAACGCCCCCCCCUGUGCGCCCCAGGACGACAGGAAGCAGUGCAAGACAAACGGUCAACAGAGGAGGACGGUGCUGCCAUGUCUCCUUUGUCCUCUGAUGCUUUCGUCCAAGCGGCUCCUGGACGUUCACAUCCAGUCUCACCGAGCAUCAGGCGGCUUCAGCUGCGUCCACUGCAGUUGGACGGCCAACAGCUGGAAUGACCUAGAACCUCAUUGGAGGAGCCACUACAGGAAAGUACAGAGGGCGGAAGAGGAGGAAGAGGAAGAGGAAGAGGAAGAGGAGGCGGAGGCGGCGGCGGCGUGUUCUGUCUGUCUGAGGACGUUCAGGAAUGUUUCAUCACAAAACGCUCAUCGCCACAAUAACUGUUCAGAUGGAAGAGCCGACUGAUAGGACCAGCAGUAGGCAAGAAGGCGGAGCUUACAGACAGACAGACAGCUGGCAGCCAAUCAGAAAGCAGCCUGAGUGUGAUGGUUCCUGGUCCGACUGGCAGGCGACAUACUGGCUCAC